AUGCACCGACGUACCAACUCCAAUGACUUCUUCCCCUUGGCCAAAGGAAUUUCUGUAGCAUCGAUAAGCACUACCGGCCCUGCAGCAGCUUCUGCUAUUAUAAUCCUCGGAAAUCCUGGCAACGGAGCUCAGUCGUCAAGUGAGACUACGUCAACAUCACCAUCAACUUCAACGACACCUACAUUAACCUCGACUUCAACUACCAAGAGUGCAGGGGGUGGUGUUGCAUCUCAGUCCCCCACGAGCCUCGUCAGCGUCAUCUCCAUCGUCUCCGUUGUAACAUCAGCAGCCGACGGCGCCCCAGUUACAACGACAAACAUGAUAAUGACAACAAUCCCAGCAGCUUCUGUUCCUGCUUCAUCAAAUUCAAACCAUCACGGCGCCGAAAUCGGCGGAGGCGUCGCUGGCGGUGUCGCUUUCAUCGCUCUGGUUUCAUUAGCAUUCUUCCUCCUCCGCAGACGUAAGAAGAGACAGCAGUACCAGUCAGCCCCAACCACGGAGUACCGCAACUCCAUGGACUACAUGUACAAAGCCAAAGAUAUGGGCUCGCCAAACACAGCGGAAACAUCGCCCGAGAUCGAUGGCACGCCGAUUGUGGGUGUUUAUCGCGGUUGGGGACCCACGGGUCAAGAGGGAGCCCUGAGAGUCGUGAACGGGUCGGAUCGUCAGUCUACGGUUUCCGGGUUGACGGGUACUAACGCAAGGGAUUCUUUGAUGAGCGAGUUGGAGAGUCCAACGACGCCUGUGAGGGCUGGGCUUAGGAGUCAUCAGCCAACGAUUGCUGAACAGCCGUUUGAGUUGGCGGGGGAGGGUGAGAAGUAA